AUGAACUCAUUAUACCAAGUAGAUGAACUUGUGAAAGAGUACUUGCUGUUUCGAGGCUUCACAGCAACAUUUCGAGCACUCGAAUCCGAGAUCCGUACCGAUAAAGACAAAGGGUUUCAGGUGGAUAAAAUUAUCGAGGAGUUGUUAGGAGCCAUUGCCAAUGGAGACAUACAAGCACUAAUAGACUACUAUCGAUAUCUGGAUCUUCGCUUCUUUUCUCGGUUGGAUAGUCGAUUUCAGCGCACCAUCAAGAAAUUUGAGCUAUGUCUGUUAAGGCAUUAUCUGAUACACGCUAUGCAACACAAGAGACGAGAUAAAGUGAUAGAGUUUUUCGAUAUCUAUGGGCCUGAAUUGCAUGGAAAACCAGAGUGGUCUCAAUGGUUUGCAUUGCCUUAUAUCAAAAAUCCAUCCAACGAUACAACAUUCGAAACUUUCUUUUCCAAACAGUGGGUAGACAACUACACCAUCUCACUGCACAACUUUUUAGCUACUACAUUUCAAAACAUGCCACUCCCAAGUCUACUAUCGUUCAAUAUCGAUCGUAUCCAGCGCAAAACACAGCAAAGCGAGAUUGAAGCAUUAAAGACAACAGUGGAGAAUCAGAAGGCUACAUUGGAGGCUCGAGAAAAUGAUAUUGCAAAACUAAAGCAUGAGGUUGUGGAGACUAGAAAGGAAAUGACGGACGGUAUAUCACUGAUUCGCAGAAGAGCUGCUUCGUCAGCACAGCAAAACGACCAAAAAUCGCUAAAAUCAAUGUCUACCUCUAUUGCGUCUAUACAUGGCGCUUCUGUGGGUGGGGCCAACACCUUUCUCAAUCUACCCAAAAAGUCAAACUCGGAAUCAACACACAAAAGCAACUUGUCAGGGCACAGUCAGGAUUCAGCAAAGAAUGAGGAUGAGCCGUUUCUGAUAGUAAAUCAAGAAGAGUUUUCAGAGCAUGUAUCUGCUAUAACACACGCCAAGUUCUCAAGUCAAGGUGAUUUGAUAGCAAGCUGCGAUAUGGAUAACAUUGUGAGGGUUUGGAGCUACAAGGGACAGUCGUUUAAUCCCCUCAAGAUCAAGAACAGCUCCUCAAACGUGCUGUCCAUGGAGUGGGAUGCAAGAUCUGACCGAUUUCUCUAUCUAGGGACAGACGCAGGAUUGAUUCGAGUGUACAAUGUGGACUCGAAAGCUGUGGUACAGGAAUUCAUGAUGGAUGACAGCUAUUCAUGUGUAAAUCAGCUAUCGUCUAGUCCAGUGGAACCUAUAUUUGUAUGCUCUGGAUCAGGCAAGAAAUCAGGCGCGCUUGUGGCCUGGAGCAUGAAGUCCAUGUCAGCUUGCGGUACCUUCCAGUUCAACAAUGACGAGUCAGAGGCUAUUGUGAGCACAAUCAAACUGAAUCAUAAUGGUCAAAUGCUGGUGGCAGGAGAUAGUACAGGUUUCAUGCGCAUAUUUGAUAUUCGAAGCAUGAAAUCCAUUAUAGAAUGGAAGGCAGCACCAUCCUGCACAGCUCAAUUCAGCUUUGAUGAAAACUCUAUUUAUUCAGUGGAUGACAGUGGACAGUUAUCUCAGUGGUCAGUACACAAACCAGGAACAUGUAUCUUUAGUAGCGCAAUAGAAGGUUUUCCUCCUCCAGCUGCUUAUCCAAGCAAAUCAAAAUCAUCCUCUUCAUCUGUAAGGUCCAUGGAAGACAGCGUAACACAAUCUUUAUUGUCAGUAACACCUCGUUCUCAGAUGGUGGCAUUUAGCGCUGAUACAGAUUAUGUUCUCUGUGCUGCUCAAAGCAAAAAGGCAGAUACCAUCCAUGGAUCUAUCUAUCGUAUAUCCGAAUCAGAGAACCCUCCCGUCCUGAGAUUUGGAAACCAACCAGCGAGUCAGCCCAUUACAAUCGUAGACUGGACAAAUUCUUCCAGUGCUUGUUUGUUGGGCAGUGUAGAUGGUAGUGUCAAAGUAACGACAUUGAUUAAAGUGUAA